GAGAGUUCAGUGUGUUUCUCGUCUCUUCGUUGACUUCGUGAGCGGGUUUUCAUGUAUUUGGUCGUUGCCGGACUCAGAGAGGUCGUAGGCACCAUGACGUUGACUGUCCACUUAAGGCGCGCCGAAGGUUUAUUCGCGCUUAAAAUAUCGAUACAGUGAUGUUCACGACACAUGGCGCUGAACUGGUUUGGGCUUCCAGCGAGACCGAAAUCGCUUUUCUCAAUGGGACAACAGAGUUUUCCCCCACCGUAAUAACCACAGCGGAGCCCACAAGUAAUGAGUCGUGUGGAGAGCAUCAGACUCUGGACUUGGACCUGACUAAGACUGUGAUCAUUGGGGUGAUGCUCAGCACCAUCACUGCGGUCACUGUAAUGGGCAACACUUUGGUGGUGAUUGCGGUGUGUGCCGUGAAGAAACUCAGACAGCCGUCAAACUAUCUGCUAGUAUCUCUGGCCAUCGCUGAUCUGUCGGUGGCAGUAGCCGUGAUGCCCUUUGUCAUAGUGACUGACCUAACAGGAGGCGUCUGGCUGUUUGGAGAGGUUUUCUGCAACAUCUUUAUUGGGAUGGAUGUCAUGUGCUGUACAGCAUCAAUAAUGACACUGUGUGUGAUCAGUGUGGAUAGGUACCUUGGAAUAACUCGGCCUUUGACCUAUCCAGCAAGACAGAACGGACAGCUGAUGGCCAAGAUGAUAGUCGGCGUCUGGUUGGUAUCGGCAUCCAUCACUCUGCCGCCGUUCUGCGGCUGGGCUCAGAACGUCAACACUGCGGGAGUGUGCCUAAUCAGCCAGGAUGUCGGCUACACCCUCUACUCCACCGCUGUGGCCUUCUACAUCCCAAUGGUGGUCAUGCUUUUCAUGUAUUACAAGAUUUUCAAAGCUGCCCGCAAAAGUGGGGCCAAACACCACUUCACUGCACUUCCCCCAAUUCAAAUGGCCUGUCCCGAACCAGCUUUGGCCACCGUAGAGGGGCUCUGCAUGCAUGGGAUGAAGAACGGCACAGCUCCCGAAGAGUUUUCCACCCUCUCCUGCCUGUUGAACCGCGAACGGCGGAGCGCCUCGAUUUUCAGGCGCGAGCAAAAGGCGGCCACCACCCUCGGGGUGAUCAUGGGAGUUUUUUCAUUCUGUUGGCUGCCAUUUUUUCUCUUCACCACAGCGCGGCCGUUCAUCUGCGGGCUGCUCUGCAAUUGUGCCCCCGUCUGGCUAGAGCGGGUACUGCUGUGGUUGGGCUACACCAACUCGCUCAUGAACCCUUUCAUCUACGCCUUCUUCAACCGAGACCUACGUUCAACUUAUAAAGACCUGCUACGCUGCCGAUAUCGAAACAUUAAUCGGCGACUCUCGGCUAUGGGAGUACACGAGGCUCUAAAACUCUGACUGCUCACAAUCUGUUUAUACGAUGGGAUGGUGCAAAAUAUAUCUUUUUGACUCUUCUACAAGUUAAUCAUCACAGGAGGGAAUUCACUGCGAAUUCUGAUUCACCAUAACAUUCAGAGAUUGUAAAGUUUCCAACUUAGGUUCACUGGAAAAAUGUCCCUCUAUACACUUGUCAAAGUCCAAAAACAUGUCCAUAGUUACAAUUACCUGCAGUUUUCAGCUAAGAUGUGGUAAAAUAUCAAUAAACUUCAAUCAUUUUCACACAAAUGAUGAUUAUAGGGCAGAUCACUGAAUAAUAAAAACUUAUUUUUACACAGCUCUAUGUGUAUAGCUGUUCUGGUAAACUUGCUUGGUAGCGCACCUGGUACAUACACAAAUCAUGAUAAAAGAGCUCAAAUAUUUGUAGAAAGUGAGCUAAACUGGCAUGUUUACUUUAUCCCACAUUUCUUUUUGCUAACAAGAUAAGUAAAGGACAUUGUUUCCAAUGAGAAUGGGUUGGAAGUUUUAUGAACCUACAUUCAAAGUCUUUUUUUUAUUUUAUACAAUGUACUUUUCACUGUUCACUCUGUACAUUUCCAGCUUUUGUGCUACAUAGCAAGUCUGUCCAACCUUCUGUGAUGCUAUCAGCAGUGGUUUUCAUGUGGAGGUGAAAGCAUAAUGCUUGCACUGAGUCAUGCUCUGAAGCCUUUACUCUCAUAGCGAGAGUAAAACGGCCUUAAUGUCUGUUGUGCUUGUGUAUAGACUUGAAUUGUACAUGAUGAAAUGAGUGGCAAAACAUAAUAUGGCCUUUCAUUUUUUUUUAAACAAUACAGCUAUGAAUCCACAUAGAAUAUCUUAAAGAAACAGUUUAUUCAUGUUUGAAUAAAACAAGAUGAUGGAGGUGAGUUUUGGCAAUUGCUAUGUCAGAAUUUGAUGCGUUGCUUCAGGUACUGUGUAAAUCUGCAUGAAAGUCUAUUACUUUAUUAACCCUUCAAAGGUGUCAUGACUUUUUUUUGUAAAUUAUAUACAUAGAUAUUAGGCUUGUUUCACACUGCCUUAUUGUUUGUUUUAGAACUACACUUUAAAAGUAUACAAAUGUUGUCGUCUGUGUUUUAGUAUGUUUUCUGUAAUGUAAUCUGAACUAUGAAAGCCACUGAAGGGUUUCAAGAACUUUGUAGAAAGUAUAUACAUAUAUACCAACAACAUAUUGUCAGCGAACUUGUAUCAGUAUUCUGCUUGUACAUGCUGUGCAGUCAGUGUUUGUUUUGGAAGAUGGUGUACAAAACUA